UCAUAAACGCUUGUUGUUCGAAUCGAGAUCGGGCAUUGAAAACUGCAGCAUGUCUGCUAUUCAGGUGCCACAAAGAAAGCCGAAACAAUAGCGGAUCGGCCGGCAGACAGCCUGGACGAAUUGAGCGCCAGGAUUAGAGAUUACACACGGGAUCCUACACAGAGAUCCCUUUUUCGGGCCCGACAACAGGUAAUUCCAUCGAAAAUCGUCGGCCACGUAAACAGACGAGGCAAGGACAACAACUGGUUUAUGACACCCUCGAGAAGAUUGCCAGCCUGCGGAUUAGGGACUCCCUAUUCCCAAUUCAGGUACGCGAUGGGAAAAUCUUUUCCAUUUGUGCCAAUCCGUUUUUGUGGGAGGCUCUGCAAAUUACCUAAUGUUGCAUAAAACGGAUGACCAGGAGGAGGGGCAGCACAGUCAUCUCGAGGACAGCAAAGCGUACACCACUACUCUGAUAUCAAUCGAGAAUGGAUAACUAUAACCACAAGAAAUUUACUGGAGCUCUGAAGCGAAAGCGCAGCAUGGAUGCGGACUCCGACGACGAUGUGGUCUUCAUCAUGGAGCAGCCAGGACAACGCACUCCAGAGCAGCCACAGCCCAAGCGACGCUUCUUCCGACCCUGGUUGGAUGAGUCCCCGGAAGAGGAGCAACCACAGCCGCCACGUAAGAUUGUGGCUACAUCGACACCGCCGCCACCGCAAGUGGAUGCCACCUACCACGCCAACAUGGUGCGCAAUCACCACAAGCGACGCCAGCGCAGUCCGCAGGAGCAACUGCGUCGGGAUCGCAACACCUUGGCCAGCCUGCGCCACCGACGCUCCCAGCAGCAACAGCAGCAGCUCAUCGAACAGCAGUACCUGACCAGCCGCAUCCAGCACGAGGCCAAUCUGCAGCAGCAGAUCCGCCUGAGCCUCUACUACGUGCGCUUCCUGCAGCAGGCGAUGGCCUCCACGGAGCCACUGCCUCCCACGCAGCCAAGGCACAUGAUGCCGCGCCAACAGACCACCACCCAGCAUCCUUGAAGGGUGGACAUGGAGCUACGACUAGGCGCUGCUCAAAGCGCUCUAACUUAUUGUAGAAUAGCUGAAUAGUGAUUGUGAUUAC